GGGCAGAAAAGCCCCGCUCGCCACCAUGGCGUCCAGCUAUGCCCACGCCAUGGAGAGGCAGGCCCUUCUGCCCGCCCGCCUCGACGGCCCCGCCGGCCUGGACAAUUUACAAGCCAAGAAGAACUUCUCCGUGAGUCACCUGCUGGACCUGGAGGAGGCGGGCGACAUGGUGGCCGCCCAGGCGGACGAAGGAGGCGGAGAGCCCGGCCGGAGCUUGUUGGAGUCCCCCGGGCUGACCAGCGGCAGCGACACCCCGCAGCAGGACAAUGAUCAGCUGAACUCAGAAGAGAAGAAGAAAAGAAAGCAGAGAAGGAACAGAACUACCUUCAACAGCAGCCAGCUCCAAGCAUUAGAGAGGGUCUUUGAGAGGACACACUACCCCGAUGCCUUUGUAAGGGAAGACCUUGCACGCAGAGUCAACCUCACUGAAGCCAGAGUUCAGGUGUGGUUCCAAAACCGGAGAGCCAAGUUUCGCCGGAACGAGAGGGCAAUGCUGGCCAGCAAGAAUGCCUCUCUGCUCAAAUCCUACUCAGGGGACGUGACCGCCGUGGAGCAGCCCAUAGUACCUCGCCCAGCUCCAAGACCCACCGACUAUCUCUCCUGGGGUACCGCCUCGCCUUACAGCGCCAUGGCCACCUACUCUGCCACGUGUACCAACGCCAGCCCGGCACAGGGCAUGAAUAUGGCCAACAGUAUUGCCAACCUGAGACUGAAGGCAAAGGAAUAUAGUUUACAGAGGAAUCAAGUGCCCACAGUCAAUUAACGACUGGAGGCAGCUGCCUUGCAGAAGGAGAAAAUACAACAUCACCCGUCCUGCUUUGCAACUUGUUUGUGCUGAAAGAAAAAAAAAAAAUCCACAAAAAAACACAAAAAAGACAAAAAAAGAAGAAAAAAAGCCAACCCUAACCCAGAAUUGAACAUGGGGACCAAACCGGGAGCAAACUGAACCGCUCGUGAGUGACAAGGUUCCUCCUUCCUUUUGGGAUAAUGCCACCAUAUUUUUUUUCUUGUUAUUGUCAGGUUUAUUGCUUCUGCUCAGUAUACUACGAGCUUCUUCACUAAAGGACAAUCUCACCCUUUUUGGUUUCCAUUUUUGUAUGGGGACUGCAAAAAGAAACCUCUGCCCAUCUCAGCCCGUGGACAUGUCCCACCCACCAUCAUGCUGAGAUGCAAAGCUUGCUCCUCUCCCCCCUGCCCCGGCUCACCCUAGAAGAAGUUGUUUGGUCACCGCUUUCCGUUGUAUCUGCCUGACCCUCCAUCCCUCCAGUCCCUUGUCCCACAGAGGCAGCGCCAUUAUUGUUAGUCUGGGAGAAGCCUGUUAGUCCAACAAAAUGGGGUCAUCUUGCCCAAGUUGCCUGGACCAAUCCAAGACGUGAGGAAGACCUCCUUGGGCUUCGCAGCGCUUCAUUGCUUUCUCGAGUAUUCCUGGUGCUGCUGCCAUGAAAAGCCAAAGAAGAGAGAAAAGCCAACGUGGGUGUGUGAGCGGUGGGGGGUUGUAGUGGGAGGGAUUGCUCUGUAGUGCCAAGAGUAGGACUGUUAGGACACACCUUUCCAUGCCUUACGGUUUGCGCCACAGGGAAAGGCGUUGUCCAGAUGCAUUUGUUUUAUAUAUACUGUAUAUAUUUAUAUAUAUAAGAUAUACAUGCAAGCUUGGUUGGUGUUUUUUAUUAAACAAAAUAAAAUCCAUUUGAAAAUGUUUGGGAUGUUUGUGCUGCAUCCAGGUUCCUGGAGCGUGCAUUGAAAUUCCAGCCGCAGCCUCUCUCGCCCUUGUCGGGGCUCUUGCCGGUGGCCUCAGGCAGCACUUGAAGUGGCCAGCUCACGUGAGAAACCCCAAAGAAGUGGAGCUGGAGGGAGCCACACUCCUAUGCAGAUUUUUUCCCAUGGGCAUUUGCAGCUUCAUACAAUAAGAUGAGGAUCUCCUCUCCAGUCAGGUCGGUUCAUGUGACUCUUGGGAAAAGGCAAGGACAUCCCCAUGGAAGGUCUCUCCCAGUCCCUGUGAGGGCGAGUGAUGUCUCAGCAGGGAGCAUCCCACACAAAGACUGUAUCUUCCCCCACUUCCCAUAACACUCCCCAGUGAGGAUUGUCCUGUAGCCUUAACCACUCCUUUGCUCUCCUUACCUGCUGUCCUCUCUCCUUUGGGGUCUGGAGAGCUAAUUAGGAGCUAAGUUCCUUCUCUCCAUGAAGAGUAGAGGACAUGCAAUCUAAAAGGGGUUUCUUCCAUGCAAGCAUCCUAAGGAAACUAGGAUCUUUCAUGUUGCCAGUGGUGCCUGCCUCUUUCAAAUUUGAGAGGAGGAGGGGACUUAUUUAUGGCAAACAGUGCUUGUGCAGGAGACAUGCCCAAAACAAUAGUCCCACUGAAGGUAGCAGAGCUACUCCAUGGUCCAGGCUGAACCAUGAGGGGAGGAGAAUGACCCUCAGUCAUAAGGGAUGCUUCUGGUAGAGUGUCUUAGGUCUCCAUCUUGGUGUUUGCUGCAGACAUGCUGGGCAUAUAUAGAUGUCUGACAGUGGGCUUUGACAGUCCAAAAUAGUAUGUUGCAGGAAAUGAGAAAUAAAUCUCUUUAAAGUGAAGGUGAAAAUUAAACUGGCAGAGUAUGAAUGGAAAUCCAGCCAAAGUAUUUGAGCUAGCAAUGGGGGAAAAAAGUCCCAAAUCCAAACUGGUGUAGGUUGUGCCCGUGAUUGUGUGUGUUGCUGCUGGAAUUUUUUUUAUCUCUCUGUAUGGAUAUUUUUGAGGGGAAAAAAAGGAAAUACAAUUGUGAUCAGGACAAAAACCUUAAAGUUGCAGAUUACAUUUGCAGACAGAACACCAGCAGGGGAAGCGAGGCUGGACAAGCACUGUGUUUUAAGAAAUUCAUGAUGUUCUGUUUGAUCCCUUUUUUGGCCUUUUCUUCUGUAGUCUGGAGAAGCUAAGAUCUCUAAACCAAAAUAUUUCUAUCAUGAGUAGUGUCGUUCCAGCUCCUAGAGCCAAGUGAUCACGUUGGAAAUCUCAGCCUUCACUUAGAAACUUGUUCUCGGUUCCUGUGCCUACACAAACAGAAACUCUUGAAGAACAUGUCCUGCACAAUCAGAAAGAAAAAGGACUUGGUGCAAUGUAAUGUUACUCAGAGGUUGAACCAGUCGUUGAGUGCCUUAGCCUGGUGCUCUCCCCUCUCCUUGCCUUCCUGCCCUUCUCUGCAAUCCACCAGCAUCCCAGCAGCGACAGCAGCCUGAAUGAACUCUCCCGUGGUGGCCUGAGGCUGCCCGAGUGUCCACCCUGGAGGUUUCAGCUGUUUCCUUCAGCAUCUUGAUGGCAUGUGGCUUUCCCCUAGUCUUUGCACACCUUUUCAUCAUCACACCUUGAAACAUCACCUUGAACAGCUUUCUUUAGUGCCUGCAUCCAUUUCUGAAGUGAACAAGGAGGCUGUUCAGAGAGCAUGAAGCUCCUGGUACUCCAUUAUCCAUCUGUGGACCGAGAUAUCCAUCCCUACCCCCACGCUGUGACGUGACAUGAAGGAGCUCACAUAAAUGGCUGUGCAAGCCCUUGUUCACCCUUCUCACUGUAUUUGUGUGAGGGAUUGAAUUGACUUGCAUGGGGCUGCUCCUAUGGGAAGGUUGUGUGAGCUUUUGCACUUCCAAUUUUAGUUGUGUCUUGCCUUGGGUUGGGCUACUUUGUUGGGGAUGCCAUCACAGCUGACUGGGCUGUUGUCAGUCCAGAUGAGACCUUUGCAUCACCUGUGAGCUGGGCAAUGUCAAUAUCUACAACAGAGCAUCCGACACAAUUUUUGCUUCAUUUACAUGGAUUUGCUAAACGGAGUCCAGCUGGAGGAAUGGACAGGUUUUGUUGUUUGCGUCUUAAUUGUUGAUGACUUCAGCCAACAGGCAGUGUCUACUUGUCUGUCAAGCCAAAGUGAAAUUUUAUGAUUGUGUAUGUUUAAUCUGUAUUUUAUUGAACCAUGUAAAUACAUGUGCAAAUUAAGGGCCUUAUCCUGAAAGCGUGGAGAUCUCCAGGGUUUUAGUAGACUUUCAGUCGCUGGGAAGUUGCCAUGGUUACCCCAGUUAGCAGUAAGUUUGGGUACCAUUCAGGGGAGAAAAUGGUCUUGAGGCACUUUCCUCUUGCCUGCUCUGUACGAGCGCUGUUUUGUCAGCCCUUCCCCCCCUUUUCUCAACACAGAAAUAGGUGGCUGAUUCCCUCAGAGUGGGAUUUUUGGGCACGACAGGGAUGGAUGAUUGAUGAGACUGGUGGGGCUUGACACGUGAAGCCACAGGAGGGAUUCCCAGAUGAAAAUGUAUCCUGUAAAUUAUCUCUUGCUUUGUGAUGUAAAAUGUACAGUGUUUGCACUAGAAUAGAAAUGAUCAUUUUCAAUAAAAGGGGGAAGAGUCUCCCCAAUCCUUUCUAUAA